GUUUUCUUCCCUCUAAGGUUUUCCCACAUCCAUGGUAAAAUUACAGGGACAGUUUUUGUAGUUUAUAUACCGACUAAACAGCACCGUGCAAGAACCACAAUAGGUGUGUUCUUAGCAGUUAUUUUUUAAAAAAAAAAUCUGUUAGAAACAAAAUAGACGACAUUGCUGAUUAGAAUAGUCUUCAGAACUCCGGGGAUGUUUUCUUGUUCAGUGAGAAAGCCAUCUUUAUUUAUUUGGUUUCUUCUUUUUUACGUCUCAUUAGUGCAAUGUGUUUAUGAUGAUGAAGCAUUCAAAGUCGACUGGCAGAUUGCUUCCGUUGGUGAAGUCAACAACCAUCACUUGUCUCAAUCAAUUGAUUUAGUUUCAUUGAUUUCAGAUGACAAAGUUUUAUCUGUUGUUGAUUUUCAAACUGGAAAUAUCAAAUGGAGAUAUAAUUUAAAUGAAUUUUUCAGUUCUUCCAAUGGAAAAUUUGAGGUGAUUGGAGAUCAAGAAAAUCCAAAUUUUCCUAUUUUUACUCUCAAUGAUGAUAAUUAUUUAUUAACGUUGGUCAACUCUAAUAUCUUUAUUUGGAAUUUGAAAAAGGGAUUCUUAAUAGAUCAUAUUCUUUUCACUUCUGAAUCAGAUAGGAACAAAGUUUUUAAAGUUAAUGAGAAUAAAUUUUUAAUAUUCGAUUCAUCAUCCAAUUGCGUUAUUGAGUAUAGUUAUAAUUCCAGUUCAGAGAUUUUUGAAUCCUCAGUGCUAUUAUCAGAUAUUCAAUUAAAAUUUGAUGAUUCAAUUUCAGUCUCGCCAAUAAAUAAUGCUGGAGAUGUUUUAAUUUACUAUAAAAAUCUAAACAACGUUAUUAUUAACAGUUCUAUUAGUAAAAAUGUUUCUCAAAUUGAAAUAGAAUCAAAGUUAUUAAAAGAUGAUUAUUUGCUUUAUAAAAUUUUGAAUAAUUUAUUAAUUUUCCAAAAUGCCAAUUAUUAUUUGAUUUUAUCAGUUGAUGUUAAUGAGAAUUCAAUAAUUGAUGAAAAAUUAAUCUUUAAAAAUCAGUACUCUAUUAUAAACUCGAAAAACGAACUUUUCAUUUUAUCAGUUGAUAACGAUUUAUCAAAAUUAAAUUCUUCAUCAUUAGAAUUGAAUGAAAUAUCUAAUUUUAAUUCAAUUUCCAGUUCAUUUUCUGGUUCGGUUUCUGGUUCCAAAGUUUAUUUUAUCAAAAACAAUAAGUAUAUUAUAACUUUAAAUGAAUAUUCGAUUGAUUUUUUGAGUAUCACUUUUGACAAUAAACUAAAAAAGAUAUUUAACAUCUAUAAUCCUGACUUACCGUCAUUAAACUUAAUUAAAUCAAUUGAUUUCAAGUUUGAUAGUGAAAAAAACUGUUUAAAUUAUUUAGUUUUGACAAAUGAUUUGGAGAUUUUGAAAUUUAUAAAUGAUACUUUGAUUUGGAAAAAAUAUCAAUCAUUAAGUAUGAUAAACGGGUAUCAAAUUUUGAAUAAAUUAUCAAAUAAUCUUGAUAUCACUGAUAAUAGCAAUUAUAAAGACUUUUACAAUCACAAUUAUAAUGCGGACUACAAUAAUUAUAAAACUUUGAUGCAUAUUUAUUAUAACCGAUUAGUUAGAUUUAAAAAAUUGAUCAGUGAAUUUGUUCAUCGUAAUUUGAUCAAUUUUAAUACUCAUCAAUAUGAAAAUUUUAAGCAUUUGAAUAACUAUUUUGGAUUUGAAAAGUUAGUUAUAGUAUCAACUAAAAUUGGACAAUUUUUUUUGAUUGAUUUGGAAAAUGGGAAAGUUUUAGAUAAAUCAUACAAUUACAAAGAUUUAACAAAGAAAAAUGAAAUUGAUAAAAGAUUUUAUCAGGUGUUUCGUAAUGAAGGAUAUUUUGAUAUAGACCAUGAUAAUAAGUUUACUAUCAGUGAAGAAAAAAAUGAAAUUUGUGGGCUUGAUAAUGAGAAUAAAAGUUGGUGCCAAAGAUAUUAUAAUGGCAAUGAAAUUUAUUCAGUUAAAGUUAAUAAUUUAAAUGUGGUUGGAUCGGAUAAAUAUUUUUUGAAAGAUAAACGAAUUGUCUAUAAAUAUUUGAAUUACAAAAUAAUAUUGGUUAGUGUUACCAAUAAGAUUGAAAAUACAUUAAUGGUUAAUGUAUUUGAUUAUGAAAAUGGGGAUUUAAUUUACUCAAAUAUUCACAAAAAUGAUAUAAUAUUAAAUGAUAAAAAUAAGAUUUCAAUGGUAAUUGAUGAGAACUUUCUAAUUUAUUCAUAUUUUAGCUUGAAACCAAGUAUCGGUAAUAAGAUAUUUACAGUUGAAUUUUUCAAAGAUGAGGAGAGGUUGAUACCCAUUUUUGGUGAGAAGACGUUUAACUUGAAUGGGAAAAUUCAAGAUCUUUCUGUAUCUAGAUCUCAAUUUGGAGUUACAACAAAGUCUAUUAUAAUCGAGAUGAAUAAUGGAGAAAUAUUUUAUGCGCCAAAAUUUUUAUUGAGCAAAGGACCUGAUUUCCUUAAUAAUAAUAUACAGGAUAAGAAGAGCAGCAAUAUUAUCAAUAACAAAAAUGUUGAUAGUCAGAAUAGUAAUAAUAAGAAUAAAAUAUCGGAAUCGAAUCUAUUGAUUAAUGAUAGAUCCGUUAUUACUCACAAAAGACAGUUAUUGAAUGCUGGAUUUAAUGAUGAACAGCUAAAUGGGUUGGUAUCUAUUCCAACAAAUUUGGAAUCAACCAUCAUUACUUGCUCAUUCAAAAAUGAUUUUUUCUGCACCAGAAUAUAUCCGUCGCUACAGUUUGAUUUGUUGAAUUCGUCAUUUGGUAAGAACAAAUUGAUAUUCACGUUAGCCAUCUUGGUAAUAGUGUACUUGGGGUUGAAACCCAAAGUGGAAAGCAAGAAGUUGAGAAACCAGUGGAUCAAUGAGUCAUCGUAGGGCCAGGCUUACAUAGACUUUGCAGAUUAUAUACUAUAGCUUUUCUAUCAGCAAUCAAAAUUGAAGUGCUACUCUCAUGCAGCUCAAGAAGCACCAACACCAACAAAUUGGAAAAAAGCCGUCCAAAAAAGUAA